CAGGGGCAGACGGCCGGCCGGGGCCUAGUAGCAGCAGCAGUUGCCGGCCAGAGGCAGCGGCGGCGACGGCGAGGGGGAAGCGCGGCGAGGCUGGAGCCCGGGCGUCGUGGGGCGCAGCAGGUGAGGAAAGUGGGAGGGCGGCGGGAGGCCCCCUAAGCCCCCCCCGGGGGUUGGUUGGGGCAGAAUGGGAGGGUCGGGGAGACGGUGGUCGGCAGGCAGAGGCAGGACAGCGGGCGGCGGCGGCCACCGGUGGUUUUCUCCCCCAGAAGCGGGUCUGGGCCGGAGAUCCGAAGCGUCGCGGUGGCGGGCAGGUCGGGGCAGGUGGGCGCUGCUCGUCCGUGCUGGCGGAGGGUGGGUGGCCGUUACCAGGGAGGUCUAUAAAAUGAGGAGGGUCAGCGGUUGUUGGGAAGCCGGGUACGUGUGGUGGUGGGUGCCGCGUGGUAUUAAGGUACGUUUGUGUGUGUACACGCGCAUACCUGACUGUGUGUGUGUAUGCGUGACGCGCGUCAGAUGCGCGUGUAUCUUCGUCUGCCUGACAAGUGCGGCAAGACAGGUUUAUCUAGGUGGGGGGUAUCUGUUUUAAAACCCAUGUGGACCACAAAGAGUUGCGAGAAAGGAAGGGCGGGAUUGAGGUGGUGGUUAUUAUUGUUCUUAUUAUUCUUAAUUUAUUUAUAGGCUGUUUACGGCCUCGUUCAUGGUGAUUCCCGGUUCCCAGUGCCCCUCUCCUGGUGCUCUUACCGUUUUCACCGAUGGGCUUGUUGGGUGUAUGGCUGCUCCUACAGAAGUGCCUUGUCACGGGUAGCUCACCUUUGCCCCCUUCUUUGCCACAUCCUGCCCUUCUGGAAAGGUGUUGGGGGGCAUAUUGGGGAAAGCCCGGGAUGAGGAGGUGGAGAGGUUGUGUGUGUGUGGGGGGGAAGUUUUAAGAAUACAAUACUGUACUCAAAAAAGUUGGACUGUUUUGAAUUUUUUAACGGAAAACAUAGAUUUAUGGGAAAAGUUGCCUUGUAAUUUUCCCAAUAUAUGUGUUGCUCUUUCUGCGGUUUAUUCUGACUUUGGUGUUCUAAAGAGAGCAGGCUUAAAAUAUUUCUAAUGUUUACUUGGGAAGAUAAGGGAUGUUGUUUGUGCCACAAAUCAUUUACAGUGUCGUUCGUAGUUUUUUUAUUACUAUUAUUAGAGUUGGCUACCAGUACAGGAGAAUGCAGUUGGGUCCAGUAAUUCCAGUAUCCCCAUAUCUGUCACAUCACUCGUUCCAGACUUAUCAUUUAUUCUUUGAUCCUUGUGUCAUUCAUGUAACUCAGUUGGUGCCACUGUUUUUGUUUAGUAUUGUAUUUCACUAUUUUGAAAAAUAUUUUCUAACAAUACUUUUGAUGUCAUGCCACAUACCUUCUUUAUAAAUUGUUGUUGUUGGCAUCCGUCAUCUGACAAAAAUUAAAUUCCAACAGAUGAUACUUAGCCAGUUUCUUUCUUUUGGAAAGGAGCUAUUGGUUCACAUAACAUGGUAAACCAAACCUUGGCUUAGUUGACACACCACACUGACUUUAGGACUAGGAAGGAACAAAGUAGUUACAAUUUCUUCUCCUCUCCAGUAGCCUACACAUUUCUGCUAAGCUGCGGUUUGGCUUGUGUGUGAAUGUGGCUAUUUUGUCAGUCCUCUUAUUCUUGCAGUGUUAAAAGUUUUAAACCAUAGAUACUUAAGACAUGUAAAAUGUUUGAAUACUUUUCUUAUAUUUCAAAACAAUUUGGGUGUAUUAAUGGACUUGUUCAAAUAUAUACAUACUUAACUUAGAUUUGUGUUUAGGCUAUACACUUCUUGGAAAAUAAUAGAAAGCACCUCAGACUAAUCUACUGGAUUGUAUAAUGACAUUAGAUUAUGGAUGGCAUCCAACACUAGUCAUAUUUUGAUUUCAGUGGGUAUGCUCUGAGUACAACUAAUAUUGUAUAUCACCAUUAAUGUUUUAAAAAAUGUUAUUCUUGUCUAAAUAGAGAUUUUAAGCCUCUUUAAAUCUGUGUGGUGCUUCAGUGAGACACCAUGUAUCUUUUGAAGUAUAAACAUCCCAUUUUAUUGUAAAACAGUUAGCACUUAUGAUCCUGGAAUUUUACACAACAGGCUUUUAUGUUUUCUUCAUCUACUCUGCUUCUUCAAAACCUACAACUUCAUUAUUUUCCUUUCACAGAAUAUUUGCAACUACUAAACUAGUAUGCUUGGAUCACUCUGUUUUAUUUGUUUUGCCUUACUUUGGGAGAUGCUCCAUCACAAUUUUUCAUUAAUUUCUCUCCAGCCUCCUCCAACAAUGCCCCCUUCAUCAUAGUAAUGUAGAACAGUAUUCUGGCUUUGGUAAGUAAAAGGAGAGACUUAAAUCCGGACAGAAACAGGAAUAUAUUUAUGAGAGCAUUUUAAUUAUGUAAAUAUCAGUAGCAAGAAUGUGAUUCCUAGAGGCAUUGGACAUAAAGGCAAAAUGUCCAUAAUGAUUAAAAAUAACUACAUGCUGCUGUGAAUUAUUAUUAUUAUUUAUUAAAUUUGUUAGUCACUUUAUGUUGCCUAGGGCAACCCAAAGCAACUUACAGACAGACAAACAAACAAACAAGACAAUAAACCCCACAUAGAUACAAUAAAACCAAGAGGAAAAUUAAAUACUGUACAUUAAAAAAUCCCACCCACUCCUAAAAGGCCACAAAUAGUUAAAGUCCUGGUUUUGCUUGGUGCCAAAAGAUAUGUAGUGAAGGUGCCAGGUGAGCCUCACUGCGGAGAACAUUCCAUAAACAAGGGAGCUGCCGCACAGAACAGUUGCCCCCCUCCAGAUGUCUUGUAGAGGGGGCACAUGAAGAAGGGCCUUAGAUUAUGAUUGCAGGGUCCGGGACAGUUCAUAUGAGGAGAGGCAGUCCUUGAGGUAUUGCCAGCAGUUUGAAUUUGGCUCAAUCGCUAACUGACAGCCAGUGCAGUUGAUGUAGGAUUGUGUCUAUAUGCUAAACCGUCUUGCCCUGGUGAGCAUCCUGGCUGCUGAAGUUUCUGAACCAUCUUCAGAGGCAGCCCCAUGUAUAACGUAUUGCAGUAAUCUAACCUAGAGGUUACCAGAGCAUAGCCGACAGAAGGUAGACUGUCCCUGCCUAGACAAGGAUACAGCUAGGCCACCAGCCACAACUGAUGGAAGGCGCUUUGUUGCCACCAAGGCCACCUGAGCCUCAAGUGACAGUUAUGGAUCCAGAAGGACCCCCAAUAAUCUUAGCAGGUGCCACAAUAUUGGUAAUGCAACACAUUUUGGCUGCUCAGAUAAUGAAGGUGCCAGCCAAGCCUCCUUUGGGGAGCCACUGCAAAAAAGGCCCGUUCUUGGUUGUGGUAGAGGCACACAAAGAUGGGCCCCCAAUGGUGAUUGCAGGGUCCGGGUCAGUUCAUAUGGGAAGGGGUGGUCCUUGAGGUAUUUUGGUCCUGAGGCAUUUAAGGCUUUAUAGGUCAAAACCAGCACUUUGAAUUUGGCCUGGAAACUAGUUGGCAGCCUGUGCAAUUGGGCCAGGAUCAGUGUAAUGUGCUCAUACCCUCUUGCCCUGGCAAGUAGCCUGGCCAUCAAAUUCUUCACCUGCUGAAGUUUCUGAACCAUUUUCAGAGGCAGCCCUAUGUAAAAUGAAUUACAGUAAUCUAACCUAGAGGUUACCAGCAAAUAGACAGCAGUAGUUAGGCUGAUCUCACCCUGGCUUAGUCUGUGGCUCGGGCAGUGCAAUUUAUGCUGAUGUAAGACCCCAAAAGGGGCAUUCCAGAGUGUGGUAGAAUGGGGCAAGGAUAAACUUAUAACUAUUCUAAACUUUUAGCUUGGUCAUAUUGUGUGACUUUGGGCUCAAUGCUCAGAACUGACCCCCACACUUUCCUGCCAGUUCAGGUGACAGGAGCCUCCUGAAUGGAAUUUGGAAUAGCAGCAAGUUCUGCCACCAUUGAUUAUGUUAGUUCAAAUUACACCACCUUUCUACAAUUAGGAGGAGGAGGAUUAUAUUUAUAUCCUGCCUUUUCAUACUGGGACUUAAGGCUGCUUACAAGUUAGAACAAGACAGAUAAAAUUCAAAAAGCUAAAAACAUAUAAAAAUAAUCAUUAAAAAUAAUUAAACUCAAGUAGAAUGAAAACAAUAUAAAAACCAAAUCUGUUAAACUACAAGUGAUAAAACCAAUAAAAACAGCACAGCACUAUUAAAACCCUUUCCUCAAAAAAAAAAAUACAGUAAAGUGGAAUAAAGCAUUGUUGCUUUGUUGAUGCCCCAUAUCUUUCAGGUAUUGUCCCUUCACUUGUUACAUAGAAAGAGCCCAGAGUUUAGUAGUUAGCACACCAUCUAGUUCAAAAUUCAUUUAUUUAUCUACACAGUGGUGCUAUCCAUGCCUGUGAUGGUGUACUUUACAGAGUUUUAUAAUGAAAAUGCAAGCCACUGUCAGUUCCUUGGGGGAAAUAUAAAUGUAGCCCGUGGGAAGAUAAAGACAAGAGUGUGUGUCUUGAUAAUAAGAAUCCAGGCAGGGAGGGAGAAGCCUGAGGAGGAGUUUCCUCCACUGGAAAAGUUGUACAAAGAUCUACAUAUAAGAGCAUUGACUUAGAAAAGUGUUGCAGAAGCCUAAGGCAUAGAAGGAGUCCAGGGGGAGGAUUGUCCCAGUUCUCAAUGUCGCUGAUGCUGUCCUUGAUAAAGCAGACGGACACCUUUAUCCCAUGACAUGAGAAUUGCAAAAUCAAUUUCAGGAAAACUCAAAUUGUAUAGGGAAGUUGUAAGUUUAAAGCAGUUUCAGUUCCCUGCAUAUUGUUUAUUUGUAAGGUUCAACACAGUCAGCAAAAUGGACCAACUAAAGUGGAGUGACCAGGAAUAAACAGUCACCUUCAAUAGCCUGUAAGCAAGGGAAAUGAAAGCCUUGCUUGAAAUGGCCCUGAAAACAGAUAUUAGAUAAUGUCAGAGAUGGUUACGGUUUCUGAAAGCUGUGCCAUUUGCUAGUAUUUGGAUUUACACCUGAGCUAAUUAGAAAUCUGAUAAGGUGAAGCUAUGAAAUGAGAUCAUGUCAGUAGCCUGAUCAGUAGUACCCAUAUUUAAAUACAGUGCUCUUUGAACCAGAAGCGUAAGGCCUUCUGCCUAAAAGUUGCACCUCUGCUCCUUCACAUGAUCACACUUCUGAUCCAGUUGAUUUUCUCAUUAUUGGAUUGAUUUGAUCUUAAAUGUAACACAUUGCUUCUCAGUCUAAUACUGGUUCAUUUAAUAUGAUGGGUAUGUAAUAUGACAAGUAUAACUUUUAUGUAUUUUUUAGAUUAUUCAAAGCACUUCACAGAUUAUUCAAAUAUACUUUACAAUAACACUGUAAAAUCAGUGAGUGUCAUUCCCAUAUUGUAGAGAUGGGACUGAAACUGUGAGAAUAGUAACUUGCCUUAGGCCACCUUGGGAAUUCAGGCAAGUGAGGUUUGAACAAUGGUCUUUCCAGUUCACAGCGUCCAUGUCUAAUGAUGAUAUUUGCUGAGUCUCUUCUUGUGGUUAGCAUUUAUUGAGAUUAAUUGUAUAAAUUACAAAUUGAAAUGAAAAGAAUUAAGAUUUUAAUGAAGCCUUUAUCAUGACAUUUCUCUCUAACCACUUGUCUACUUAGAGUAUAAUAGCAGAGACCCAGUAUGUGUAUAUUAACAAACUACAUUCUUUUUUCAAGUCAAAGGGAAAUCAGGGCUAUAUAUUUGUGAUUCAAAUACAGCCUGACAGUUAGGUAGAAACAACAGUUAUACUCCUGUAUAAAUCUGCCUCCUUAUGGUAGCUUCAGCAGAGAGACCUUGCCAAAAAUGGCUUUCAGUAUUAUUACAUGUACUAUGAAUUUGAGUCCUGGUUUGAGGGCUAAUGGGUUCACAUCUCUAAAAGGACGGGACUAGCCUUCCCUCCCUCUGUAGAUUUCUUUUCUCAUAGGUAAAUUCCUUCUCCAGGAGCAGCCUUUGAAUGCCUUCAUACUGUACUUUGAAGGCAAAGUAUGGAAGUGGCAUUUGACUGGUCAAAACAACAAAAAGUCGACCCUUGGUCUCUUGAAGGGUCACAUACUUAAGUACUUAAAAUGGUAAUUUAUCAGUAACAAACUGAAGUCACUAUGCUAAUUAUAUAGUUUUGUUCUUCUUAGAAGCAUAAUGCAUUUAGAUUGGCAGAUGCCUCUAAACUAGUACAUUAUUGAUUUCACAUAUUACCACAACAUGGAAAGUAGCUGACCGUCCAGAUAACAAUAUUUUACUGGUCAGUUGACAGCCUCUCCAAAUCAUGCAGGCUACUAGUUUUAUUUCUUUCAAAGCCACACAGGACCUACUUGCUCUGUUUUUCUUACCUACCUUCAUGUUCAGUCACAGCACAAAGUGAAUGGAUGAUUUCCUUUUUUUCUUGAGAUGUUUUCUUCCCUUGAUCUUCUCCUGCCCUCUAUAGUCUUGAUUCUUUUAAGUCUUGGAUAAUUUUGCAUUGCUCAGAGCUUCAUUGUAUAUAUUCUCUUGUAGACCAAAGAAGCAGAUUGUUGGUGAAUUCAGUAACUACUUGUUACAUCUGGUUUGGCUUUGAAAUACUUCAUAUGGGUUUUUUUAAAUAGCUCCGAUGAUUACACUGUCUAAAGAAACUUCAUUCCCCUCCCCACCUCUGUUCACCUGUGCAAACAGAUGAUGAUUUUUAUGGGGAUCGAAACUAGGACUAUGCUGAGAUUCAAAGUGUUUAUCAGAAUAUAUACUACUGGUGGGGAGUGCCCAGCACUGCCCAGAUACAUACAUACAUACAUACAUACUUACAAACAAACAAAAAUCUGCUUUUUAAAUAGUGUAAUUUGCAAGUUUUGGGGCUGUGUUUACACACAUGUACACACACACCGACCUGGCUGUGGAGCACCUGAUCCAGUACCUAAUUGGUUUUUUUGGGGGGACGGGCAAGCGUGAUGUUGAGCCAGCAAGUCAAUAAACCAGUUUAAUCUAAGCAAGCCUGAACCAGGAUAUUAUCUCCAUGCAUAUGGAAAUCUAGGCUGUUGAAGAAAAAUGCUGUGAAUAUUCAAAAGCUCUGUAUACAUGCUAAUUAUUGACCAGUAUUCAAAGAACUUGACCCUUGUCAGAUGAACUGAAGGGGGCUUUUGCCUUCUUUCAGACAAUGAACUGAACAGGUUUCAUGGCAAAGCAUAAAUUCAAAACAUACCUUGGAUUAGGUGAGAGGAGGUACCAGCCAUUCAAAGGAAAUGGUGAAAACUUCCAGUGUUAUAGAAUAAAUGGGAGGCUAUGAGACCACAUUUUGCUAUCUGUCAAAGACAGAUAUUCCUAUGAGUCACGCAUUAAAGAACCUAGAGUUUCUUGCUUAAACUGUUGAUCCAUGUGCAGUUAAGUAUUUUUGUAUGUACUAUUAAAAGGUAAUUAAAGAGGCUGCUAUCAAUGUUCCAUGUCGGCAAACAUUCAUGCAUAUAAUUAAAACUGACUUCCCAUAGCGGAAAUGUCUCUGUACCAUUGCCAAGUUCAGGUUUGUUUGUUUCUAAAAGACUUGUUAUGUUGACUGUGUGGGUGCAUGUGAAUAAAUAGCAAAAUGCUUCUAAUUUUGCUUUUUUAUUAUUAUAAAUGGCAUUUUAAAGGUCAAUGCUGCUCUUUUAAUGUAGGUUAUGAGUGCUGGCUGUAUGCUUUUCAGAGCAGUAGUGUGAGGAAGCUUGGAGUGGAAUGGCAGGACGGCCUCAUCCUUAUGACAGUAACUCCAGUGAUCCAGAGAAUUGUGAUCGAAAAUUGCAUAGUAGACCCCGUAAACUUUGUAAGCAUUCAAGGUAGGUAGCACAUAUGCUGUAUAGCAUCUCAAAACUUUAAUCCAAAUUGAUUCUGAAAAACUAUUGAAAAGUUUGAUGCUCUCAGUAACAGAUGAUAAACAUCAUUCUGAGUGAAUGUAUCAUUUUUUGUAUCUUUAUUGAGCUUGUUAACCACUUCUCACUUCUGCCAGCUGUAGCCAUCUGAGAAUGUGUAAAAUACAGAGUUCAGUUGACCAAUUAUUGAUUAUGUCAUCUAAAACUUACCAAAAAAACCUACCUGGGAAGAAAGUUUUUAAAUGAAACAAGUACGCCACUAGGUAUAAAUUAUACACAUCUAAGGCAAUAUAUAUGGUCAAAUAAAUAAUCUGAAUAACCUUUGUCCUGUCAGCAACACUGACUAUUUGACAUACUUGUCUAACUACAGAUUUUUUUCCCUUCUAUAACUUGACUCUUACUCUGCUGAACCAAUAGGUGAAGGCAUUUGAUAGCAGAAAUAAUUGCUUUGCAUCUUGCAUUGCCAUAAUAAAAAAUGUUAAGCAAAUUAACACCUGGCAUCUUUGCAUGUAAUAACUUUAAAUUUAGAAGUUCAUAUACAUUCAUUGUACUUCAAAUUAAUCCUCUCUGCCUUGCUGGGUAUUGAAGUAUCCAUUGCAGAGAUGGAAAAAGAGAUCUAGAAUAUUACUGACAGAAGGUAUCAGUUCAGUGGAAAAUCUGUAAAUACAGUUUAUGGUGCCUUGCUUAUAUAAGCACUGUAACCUUGCUACUUUAGCACUAAAAACAUGCUGUUGGUUUAAGACUGUUAACAGGAUACCUUAGAAGCCAGUGUGCUUAUAUGCUGCCUUGAUUAAGGUUACCAGACGUCCCCAUUCCCCGGGACAGUCCCUGGAUUUACAAAUCAGUCCCCAUACAAAAUCCAUUGAAGUUGAAAAGUGUCCCUGGAUUCAUUGAAAAAAAUCUGGUAACCUUAGCCUAGAUGGCCUUAGUCAGCUGGUGUAUAUCGACAGAGCUGCCUGUGAAUCAUCUAAGAAAAGAAUGGUGAGCAGGCAUAUUCUAGGAAGCCGCUUUCCAAUUUGGAAAUUUGCUGUUUCUGGAAAAAUCCACUCGGUCCUCAGCCCUGGGUGAUUUCCAGAAGUGAUAUAAAGCCCGAUUUCAGCAGGCUUUCACUAGAUGGGGAUAUGUUGGGUCAGCUGGAAUAGCUUGUUUGCUUAAUAUGCAUUGGCACUGCCAAAAAAUUUUGUUACUUACCCUGAGCCUAGGACAUCAGGCUUGGUUCAAGAGACUGAAUUGCAAGCAGCAAAUUCUGUUGUAACAAAUCAUGCAAGUAAUACAAAUGAAAAUAAAAUUGUAUUAUAUGAAUAAAAGUAAUUGGCAACUAGCUUUGUUUUCUAAUUUCUAUACCACCUUUUAUCGAAGGAUCACAGGGUGGUUUACAGUAUAAAACACAAAAAUGCAUGACUUUAGUGUUAAAAGUGUACAUUUGGAGAUAAUGUUUAGAACAGAGAACACGGGUCAUUAUGCUGUGUUUAUUUUUUGGAAUAUUAUGGAAAAUCUCACAACAAAAUUGUUUUCAAGCAUUUUAAGAUCUCAAAAAACAAACAAACAAACAUUUGUUACCAAAGUUGGGUACAGGGCCAUCAAUAGCAAGUACUCUACUGCAAAACUAUGCCAUGCUCCCCUUCUAGACUCAGGGUGUGAGAACGAUUGUUUGAUUACACCAAAAGUCUUGAAAAAGGCACACAGGCAGAGUGCAAAAACUGACUAUGCCAUGGCAGAAGAACAUUUGUGGAAGCUGUUUGCUAGAGAAUUAAAUACUGGAUCAGUCUUGUAUUAUUUUUGCAACUCACAAACAAAAUAAUAAUCUAAAAUUUGGGGUCAUGUGACACUUUACAAAUGAACAUAAUUUAUUAUGAGGGGCUUCCGUCCUUUCUGGAGUUAGAAAGAGCUAAAUAUUUGUUUGCUUCGACAGUUUCUUGCAUUUUUGAGUUACGAAGAGCUCUGCUGAAUCAGACCAAAGUCCCAUCCAAUUGAGCAUUCUGUUCACAGUGGCCAACCAGAUGUCUGUGGAAGCCCACAAGCAAGUCUUGUCCCCUCACAUCAGCGGCCUAGAUCUUGGUUUGUAAUUGUAUAACUGAGAAACAUUGAAGUUGUAGAAGAAACUCUGGUUAGAGCAGUUACGGUGGCUCCUGCUUAUUUUGCACAGACAGUUUCUUAACCUGAGUUAUCUUGACUGUUGCCUUUCUCUCCUAUAUCUCUAAACAGGGUGGCUUUUAUUAAAUAUCUUUAAAUAUCCAAGCAAACCAUAUGAUCCCAAAUGAAGCUCUUUCAUAGUUUGUGUUGCUUUGAAUGACUGUAAAAUCAGGCAUGAAAGAUGUGUGAUAGAAUAAACCUUUUCCCUUGUUUUGUUAGUUUAUUGAAAUCUGACAAGCUGGCAGGACUAGAAAUAGCUUCACAGAUGGCAUUUGGCAAUAUACCAAGCAGCUCUUCUCUUACGCGUUCCUUACACUGUCCAUCAACUAUGUUAGCCAAUGGCUGCUCAGAGAUGAGGAAAUGGUAAGCAUGAAUUCAGCUUACAGGAGGCUGUGAGGUCAGACGUCAGUACUGCACUGUGCACGGCUGAGUCAGUGGCUGUGAGAAAAUGAAUUGAAUUAAUAUCUAGGGGGCUUGCGUCUCUGAGCACUUAAUGGACUGAAUAGCUGUAACAGGAUUGUUACCCUUGAGGGUGAGAGGAAAAGAGGAUGCUAGAAAGUAAGGCAGGCUAAUGGUGCAGAGGAGUACUGAGAGGAGGAUGGAAAUAGCAAAUAUGCUGAACUUAGCAAGUAAUGCCAGAGGAUGCUGAGCUGGCUUCCAAAUCUACCGCCUGGAAGGGAGCGGAUUUCCUUUGUACUUUGGUCUCGAUAUUUUCCCCAUGUUUUUGUGUUUCUUCCUUGUUCUACGCCAAAAGCAGGUGCGUAACCAUUAAUAAUCUGAACAGCAUUUAGCAGGAGCUGGAAUGCAAAGGAGACUAACUGUCCUUUGUGUAGUCUGAUCUCUUUAAAUGUCUGAUAUGACAAAGAGCAGAUGUGUGUGUGCAUGAUCUUUUGUCUCAAGGAAAGACUGUAAUAUAAACAGAAAUGUUAUUGUUGGGUGUUAAGAUGCAUUUAUUUAGCUUAAUUUAAGAGGAGUUGGAAGUUUGUAGAUCCACUCAAAUGCAGUUUCUUAGAAGGGGCUAUUUUUAAGUUUGGUUGACUAGCUUUUUUAGUGCAAGACAGAAUAUUCUUUUAUUGUUGUUUGAAAGAUUCAUAGACAAAAGUUUUUGUAGGUGUAAUAUUUGUUUGAAAUGUACUCUAUCACUUAAUCAGGAUGAUAAAAAGAUUUGGUUAGUAAGUCUCUGAAAGUGUUGGCAUUUUCUUUAAAAAAAGGUACUCUAAAAUCUGAGUUUUCUCAUUGUUAGUCCCUACACACUUCUUUAAACUAUGAAUAUUGACCAUGCUUCUUAAAUCUGUAGUUUUAACAUGUUGCUUUACAUCUCCUAGAGUUGUACAGUAUAUACUAUAAAUGCUUAUGGCUGAUAAAAUAGUUGCUUUCAUUUUAGUUGACUUGAAUAUUUUUUUGUAUCUGCAUCAUUUAUUGCAUAAUUUUAUUUUUAUUGCAUUUUUAGUGCAUUAUUUUUGUAGUGUAGAGCAUCAUAUGAAGUUGUUUAAAAUAUGAGGAAAUUGAUGGUUUUAUACACAAAAUAGCUGAUAGAAAUUAAUGGGUUGUUUUUCUUAAGACUAGUUUGGAUUAGUUCAAAUCUAAUACUGUACUAUAUAGAGGCUUCUUAAAGUUACAUGUAUGGUAUGUGCUCUGUGCACAUCAAUAUGUUUGUGUGAAGUGACUUGCAACAAACAGUUGUUUUAUGUGGUUUGCUGUUGUAGGAAGACAAAUAGUGUGGAGUCAUCCACUCAUGUUGCAAGCUACUACAUGGGAAUGGCUGGGUGAUUCUGUGUGAUAAUGUUUUGAGUUUACAAACGAGGGUUUAUGUUCCCUUCAAAUUACCAGGUUUGGGCAGCAAUCUGUAUUCUAGGUGCACUUGUGUUAAAGUACUAUGACUAACUUUUUUUUGGCCUGAGGGCCACAUUCAUUCUUGAUCAACAUCUGAUUGCUGCAUGCCAAUGGUGGAGGUGCCCCCGCCCCAUACAUAUAUCAACAGACACACAGCCCAAAUGAUCAGUCUGAUGACUGGGAAGUGGGUGAUUUGCAUCUCCAGUAGGAAACUGGAAGCCCCUCCCCCGGGUUGUGCCUAUUCCAAUUCCAAUUUUUCUUUUGGCUGCUGGCACUAAAAUGGGUGGGGUUGUAGAAAGGGCAGAAAAACUGCUUGGGGGACUAAGUCACGCCCCCCUAACUGGGGGGUUAGCCUCCCCUACAUUACAGUAAAAGGUAAAGGACCCCUGGAUGGUUAAGUCCAGUCAAAGGUAACUGGGGUUGUGGCGCUCAUCUCGCUUUCAGGUUGAGGAAGCCGGUGUUUGUCCGCAGAUAGCUUUCUGGGUCAUGUGGCCAGCAAGACUAAACCGUUUCUGGCACAACAAAACACCGUGACGGAAACCAGAGUGCACGGAAAUGCUGCUUACCUUCCCACCACAGUGGUAUCUAAUUAUCUUCUUCCACUGGUGUGCUUUCGAACUGCUAGGUAUGCAGCAGCUGGGACAGAGAAAUGGGAGCUCACCCUAUUGUGUGGAUUCGAACCGCCAACCUUCUGAUCGGCGAGCCCAAGAGGCUCAGUGUUUUAGACCACAGCGCCACCCACAUCCCUUACAUUACAUUACAGUGCAUGUUUCCAAAGAAACUAGCUCCUCUAAGUAACUUGUAAUUUGACUGAGAUUUAGCAAACAAAGACUAAAAUAUGUCAUGUUAUUUUUUUUAAAGAAUAUUUUAAUUUCUGUUUUUUCAUAAUACAAGCAAACAGUAGCAAAUAAGAAUAACCCAAAUGGAAGUAUACAAAAUCUCAAAUACAAGUUAUUCUGUUGAUAUAGCAGUUUUCGUUGGUUGAGUAAUGAGUUGUCAGUGGUCUUGGAGUUGAGUGUGUGUUCACAAAUGUUAGGAAGCUGAACCAUGUGUCAGCAAAGUCACUUUUUUUGGUCCUCCAUCGUAAGUUUUUCUGCUUGUGCAAUUUACCAGACAUUGCAAUGCCAACAGCUAAGAGUUAAGCCAACUCCAUUUUCCAGUGUCUACCUAUUAUUAAUUUAAGUGUAUAAAUAAAUACAUAAUUUUUCCAAUAGCCAAAGGAAGUUGAACUGAAAUAUUUGAUGUGGGGGUAAAUAAUCAAUUAAGUGCACUUGCUGAGUUUAAAUAUUAACAUUCAACAAGUUCCAAUGUUUCACCUGGAAAUUUAUUUUUAUUAAAAUGUUUUAAAACAUUUGAUUUCAUUCUGAGUCAUAGCAGUUGAAUAACGUACUCAGAGGUUUUUUAGAUUUUAAGAAAACAAAUGAAGGCACAGAGACCUGUUAAUGCACUAAUCAGCAACAGAAGCACAGUUUUUGGUGACAUGAAAGAGAGACUUUUACGUGGCUGCUCCUAUAUUGUGGAAUUCCAAACUAAGUUUAAAAUGGCUCCCUCUUUGUUAUCUUUCCCAUGGCAGCCUAAGACCUUCCUCUUCAGACAGGCCUUUGGAAACUAAGGUGCAGACAGUGCUGAUCACUGGGUUGCUGUCGGGGCAAAUUGUAUCUUAAUUGUUGGUUGUAAAUAUGUUGCAAUGUAUUUUAUUAUUGCUUUUAACUAGUUUGCUUUUAUUAUUCUAUAUUUUAUGAUUAAUGUGUAUAAUGUUGUAAGCUGCCUUGAACCCCAACUUGGGAGAAAGGUAGGCUAUAAAUAUAUUGAAUAAAUCAUUUUAAUAUCCCUUAAUAGCUUACUAGGAGUAGUCACCUGGAAAGCUAAGUACUACUUUGUUUUUAGAUUUUAAUGAUUCCGUGUUCAUUCCAGUUUGUCCAGUUUGAUUUGUCACAGAUUAAUUUUUAGAAUUUCAUUGUUUCAUUAAAUUAAACAUCUUCCAUUCUGAAGUCUCAGAAUGGUUCCUCCUUUGGCACACAGGGAUAGCCUUUGAAGUGGCAAGUAUCUGCUCAUCUCCAGUACUCUUAGUCCUUGCUGCCAACACUCAGUGCGUACAAACGUCUUUCAUUUCUACUCUUCCCAGUGAAAAUAACUUCUUGAAGCACUCAAGAGUAGAGUUGUUUCUUUAAUUCUCCUGUACAUAGUUGAAGAGAAUUGAAGGAUAGUCUCAGUUUAGCUUCACACUUCAAUUUAUGCUAUUGUUUCGUUGUUGUUUGCCUAUAAUUUUGGGGGUAUAAAUUUCUGAAACAAACGUUUGCUGUGAUUUUCAUCUGGAAACAUAUGCCAUAUUCUUUGUAGAUGAAAUAGAGAAUAUUAGCAAUAUAAAAUGGGAGUAAAAUAUGUUUUAAAAUUAGUUUAGAUUUUCCUCCUCAAAAUACACAUCUCAGUAGCUUGACAAAGAGUUUAGGGAUUUUAAAAUAUAUUUUUUUACUGUGGUUCAGAAUAAAAUUCCAGUAGCAUGAUUAUUCUCUGUUCUAGAGUUUCAGGCUGCCUAAGGAAGUGUAUUAUUGUGAGUCAUCUGCACUACUUCCUGUUGCACCUGUUUACAGUAGAUAAUUUCCAGGUUUUAAUAUUCAUGAGCUUGGCUUGUUUUUGAAAACAGCCAAAGAGAAUAGUAUUUUAUUCUGUGGGUUGUGUAGACUUGCUUUGGGGCAGGAUGGACCUUUAGGGAACAAAACAAAAACUUAAGCCUAAAUGCAGAUGCAAAAUCAUGACUUAGACUUUUAUGAAAUUUUACUUCCUUUAGCUAACGUAUGUGUCAUGUCACGUCGUGUUUCCUGCUUUCUUAUUUCCCAUUCUAGAGUUGGAGAUCUCUAUCUUUCACUAAUGUUCACUCUUUGUCUUAAGCUGCUUAUAGAUUUGGAAAAUGACUUUCAGAAAAGCAGCUUAGCAUGCAGUGAAGGGAUGGACAGUAAUAAUAAAUACAGCACAGAGUAGUGCCAGCUUUUUUCUCCAUCAGUAAACUACUUCAGGCACACACUUGAAUGAUCUAGGUAACUGCACUUUCUCUCCCCUCCCUCAUAUUUUGCAGAAGUUUUGAGAGGUUUGUCAAUAUUUGUAGGGGGGUGUUUCUUCCUCCUGUCUUUUCAACUGGGCAUAGGGUGCAUUCAUUUUGUGGUGGUUUUGUGUGGGCCGUCUGUCACUCUGAGGCCUGCUUCACACUUUAUGGAACAGGAGGGUUCUUGUAUUUCUCCAGCUUGCUGAUGUGUCUUCUUAUUGGCAAUGGUAAAGGGAGCGGUGAGGAUGCCGUCAUAUGGGCGCCAUGGUUCCUUUUGUUUCCUCCAGUGUGCAAACAUGUAAAACAUUCCAGAAAUAACCUAGUUGAAAUAUUGUGGCAGUGUGGGAGCUUGUCUUUCCUGUAAUAUGAAAAAUGUCCCUUUGAGACCUUGCAUUAGUUAUGUUCUGCUGAAGUCAAGAAGGGGUUUUCUCUCACCUAAGAUCUUGAGGGUGUGUGUCCCUUUCCUUUUUGGCAUAAAGGACCAUCACAGUUAGAGAGAGGGUUUGCGAUGUGUUAGUGAUAACAUGCAACUAAUAAAUAUAUAGGCUUUGCUUCAUGCUUGAGAUCUGAGAUGAGAAGAAAUUUCUCCUUCAUCAGGUUAGCUAAUUCCUCUUAGUCUUUAGGUUGGCUUCUUAGGUCUUUUGGAUAUGUGGGGUAGUAUACCACCUUAGCGGGUAAUCUGCUCGCUGUCUAGUUUCCGUCAGCCAGUGUGUGGAGGAUCUAGUCUUAGAGGCUGGACUUUCUGACACUGCAGUUCCUCCUUGAUAGAUGAAGACAUAAUUCUGUGGAACACAAAUACUUUUUGCUUGUCACAUUUAAUCUUAGACCUGUUUCAUCCAUGCAGCAAUCCAUGUGAAGCAAAGGAAGCUAUUUGUGUGAGUGGCUUACAUUGAAGUUCAGGCACAUUUUAACCACAUCAUCAUUUCCUCCACACACACCUGUCCCUCCACCCAGUCAUUUUUAAUUGGGGUGGAAUCCCCCAUCAUAUCAGGCCUCUUCUCUGAUCCAGUGCGAUGGGACAGAAUGUACAUGAACUUCACCAACCAGUUUUCUGCCUGUACCAGGACCUUGCUCCCAGGUUUUGAGAGCUACACAGGUUUUGAGGCAAUAUAAUGGGACAGUUGAAACGGUCAGUUAGCCCCCUGUUGCUCAUCUGUUGAUAACUUGUAUAUAAAAACCAAGACCAUUUAUAUUGCCCUUUUAUCCUACUUGUGGACUUUUGUAGGCAUCUAGUUGACACCAUGGGACUGUUGGAUUGAAGAGGCCUUUGGUCUCCUCGGCUCUUCUUGUGAUCUUAUUGGGGAGAAGUGAUGAUAAAUCAAGGCAAUUAUAGCUAUUUAAAAUGGCAACAAAAAGCUGAUUUAAAUAGUUGAUUUAAAACAGGUUUCACAUUUCUUAAGAGAGAGAAAGAGUGGUGCAAAUCUGACCACUAAAUUGUGUUAUAUUACAAAUAAGAUUAUGUACCAUGUUUCAUUCUUACAAGCAGACUUUGCACCAGGACAGUUUCUGUCCUGCUGUUUUGAACAAGCUUUACUACAUUUGCCUACAGCUCUAAUGUUCAUCCAGUUUAAUAUGCAUUCUAUUAAAAAGCAAUUCUGCGUUAGAAGUAGACUGGAUUGGUGGUUUUUAAAUUUGACUGCUCAGAUUUUAGAGGAGAGGCUAGGGUCAAUCAGUGUGUACGAUGUCAAAUCACUGUUAAUUUUCUUUAAAGGUAAGACACCACUUCUGCAAAAAGGAAGGAACCAUAUUAGCUGUGUGAAUAUGUACAAGUUAGUGGUACCUGCUUUGAAGCUUUCGGAAAUGGUCUAAGGCUCCAAGCAUGCAAAUAAGCAGGGAGAGAUUGUUUGAUCUGCUGCUGAUGUCACAAUUGCUUCAAGGGAGAAUGGAGCCAAGGGCUGUGGCACAAGGAUGUGUCUUGGGAGUCACAUAGACUUCCUUCCCCACUUGCAUGUAGAAGAGGUUGUGGAACUAGAGUGCAGAUGUGGCAUUUCUCUGGUUCCCCUUGUAAUUAAUUUUUCAGCUGACCCUUAAAACUUAUUAAUUGUACUAAUUAUAAAUAUUAGUGUUGCGGUAUCCUUUCUGUCAAACUAUUUCAAAAAGUUUGAGGGUUUUUAAAAAUAGGAAUAAUUCAAAUAAUAUUUAUCUCAAUUUUGUUUUACUUCUGUGUCAGUAUCUUAUAUUUUGUUUCAAAGGCAUUUUACAUAUUCUUAGUAUAUUGCACGUUGUGAAUAUACUUUUCAGUGUGCUCCAAUGAAUGGUCCAUAGGAUCUUCUAUAGACAGGGUAUUGCAAGCUGUAAUAAAGAGGUGAGCAACAUAAUGAUUCUGCCAGGAUGGACUUAAACUUUCCCACAAGCAAUGUGCCUCUUCCUAAAUUUUUCAGAAAUAGAACUUGAUGUUAGGAUGCCACUGAGGUUAGGAAAUAAUUUCAGCUAACGAAAGAUUGGAACUAGAUCUGUUAAUUAUUGAUAUUCCAGUGUGCAGAUUGCUUUGUAAAUCUUAAUAUGACAACUGUAAACUAAACAUAAACAUUUGUCUUUCUAGUUCUUCUUCACGUGUUGCUAAAGGAGAUUGUAGCAAAAUGAGUCUCCAUGGUGCUAGUGGUGGGCAUGAAAGGUCACGAGACCGACGUAGAUCAAGUGAUAGAUCACGUGACUCCUCCCAUGAAAGGCUCGAGUCUCAGCUCACCCCGUGUAUCAGAAAUGUGACUUCACCAACAAGACAGCAUCAAGGAGGUAUGUAAGGAGAGAACAGCACCUAAAGUCUUUUUUUUUUUAAGUGUACUUUUUAGUAACAAUAGCAAUCUUGACAUUGCCAUAUGUAUGUAAAAACUGCAUUGGCCAGUAUGUUCAUUGGCAUUACAGAUGUCCAUCCUCCACUUUAUUUCCACACCAGUAGUUAGCUGUGAACAUAAAUAGUGCAACAGAGGCCCGGAGGCUAUUUAUUUAAGCUUUAUAUAUGAAAAAUAUCCUCACUAAUUUGUCCUGUGUUCAUAUGCAAAACUUGGAUCAAAAGUAUGUGAAAUCCCAACACCAAAUAGGUUAUAUUGUCAGAGCCUUCAUUGAAUCAUAUGAUAAUGGAAAGCACUAAAACAAUUAAAUAGAUUUAUUAACAAUUGUUUUAUAUUGUGAACUGCCCUGAGACUUGUGGGUGUAGGGUGUUAUACAAAGAAGAAGAAGAAGAAGAAUUAUUAUCAGGGGAUAGUAAUCAACCAUUGUAGAGUUGGAAGUCAUCCUGAGGAUCAUCUAGUCCAACUUCCUGCGAUGCAGGAAUCUCAACCAAAGUAUCCAUGACAGAUGGCCAUCCCACCUUUGCUUUAAAACCUCCAAUGAAGGAGAAUCCACCACCUUCAGAGGGAGUCUGUUCCACUGUUGAACACGUUUUAAGUGAACAUACUUCUGAUUUGCACUUUUGUAAAAUGAGGUGAUCUUAUUUGCUUAUCACAGUGAACCAGGGCUUCUGGCCUGUUGUGGUUCACCAUGAGCAAGCAGCAUGCUGGUGUGCACAGCCCAGUCUCUUCUCACUUGUUUCUUUCCCUGGCACAAAAAGAAAUCAACCGGGAAACUUGUCACAGUGUCUGAACCUGAGAUCUUGGCUUGUUCCCUACCAAGCUAGGAUUCAUAAGCCAACAGCAAACCAUGGUUGAUUAUCUCAAGUCUUGGAUGUAAGGUGUGACUAUUCCUUCCUCCCCCGCAUGUAUAGGUUUGCACAUUGAUACCUAGGACUAGAGAUAACUGAAGCUUGUUUGAGAAAAAGUUGUAUGUGUGAAAUACCACUCCAUUCAUACAAGUUGUCCCCUCCCCAAGUGUUCUGUCCCAGCAGUCUGUGGGAAGGGAAACAGAUCACCCACUUCCACACUUAACCUCAGGAGUUCCUAUACUGUGGCAGCGAUGAUGACUGCUGAUCUUCACUUCCUAUGUCCGUGGACAAGUGCACAGAGAACCCUUCCACUGCCGCUCAUAACAAUAAGAUUCCAUUCUGUGCAGCUGUCACCCAUGUCAUGAUAAGCAGAGCGAAGGUUAGGAGACUUUCCCCCUUUGUCGUCCUUCACACCACAAGGUCACACCCUGCUGCCACUGUACCUAAGGUCUAAUCAAUACAGUGGCAGCUCUGCUUGUUGGGUCACAAUAAUAGCUACCCCCUGUGAGAAUGUACAUUCUGAUAGUGUAGAAUAUUUGGACACUGCAACACAAUUUACAAUAUUUUAAUUUUUUUUGUUGCAGAACGUGAGAAAGAUCAUAGCUCAUCUCGUCCAAGCAGCCCUCGACUUCAGAAAACCUCUCCAAAUGGUUCCAGUAGUAGUAUUGGGAACAGUAGAAACAGCAGCCAGUCAAGUUCAGACGGAAAUUGCAAGAAUGCUGGCGAAAUGGUAUUUGUAUACGAGAAUGCAAAAGAGGGAGCUCGGAACAUAAGGACUUCUGAGAGAGUAACGCUCAUAGUGGACAACACUCGAUUUGUUGUAGAUCCUUCUGUUUUUACCGCACAGCCAAAUACAAUGUUGGGCAGGUCAGCAUUUCUUUUUACUGCAUACGCCUAAACUGUACUCCCUGAAUUGCUGCUCAGAACAAAUGUUUGGCUUGUUCAAUAUUUUUAUUUGUUUAAACAUUUUUAUUUAUUUAAACAAGGAUGUACACUUUGGUAACACAAAAGAACAGGAAAAACCAACAGAAUGAAUGAAAACUAAAAUUAAACAUACACAAAGUACAAAUUUGGGUUGUUUCAUUUACUUUCCCCAGAAAAAACAGUAAUUAUUUUGAUGUUGGAGGGCAAUAACUUUUUUAAAAAAGUUUUAUUUAUAAAUAUCAAGAUACUGUCUUUGAGGUCUUAGGAUAUUCUUAAAGCUAAAAGAUUGUUAAGAAUUCCAAAUUGUAGCAUAUUUCAUAGGAGUCAUUUAAAUAUUUUUACCAUGAAAUAAAUUGUUUUAUGAAAUAAAUUGUUCAAUUUUCUAUACCUCAGUUUUACAGCUGUCUUGAUUAAAUAUUUUUGUGCAACAUUUCAGGUGAAAUUAGCCUCUUUUAGAGUUGGUACCUUUUCUCUCAUGAAAUGCAACUUAGAUAUUGGGUGUUUUUAUCCUUGGGUAAACCUGUCCAUGGUGCAAUUCAGUUGGAGAGGAAUAUAUCUUAUAUGACUUUCUCUACAGUAGUUAAUUACCUAAUAAUGAAUUUCCUCAUGGGAUGUGACCCGUGGCGGUAUUGUUCUGCAGUGAAUUACCAGAUUCAUUUUUAGAUAGUGUAUAGUAUUAGGGACAUAUCGAGGUCUGUUCUUCUAGAAACCAGUAAGGUAACUUCUAAUGGCCGUGCUGAGUAGAGUUGGCUCUUCUCAAAUUCAGCAAAGGAGGUAAUAAACCUUUUAUGGAUUGAUAAUUGUCCAUUUUAAGCUGACAUUUUACUUGAAAGCAUGUAUUCCUCCCUGCUACUUAUGGAUUAAAGGACACAUUGUAGAUCGAAAUGACAAGACCAUGCAGGAGAGUGAACUAAACCCAUAUUACCAUAUUUUUCCGUGUAUAAGACAAUGCUUUUUGCUAAAAAAUAAUAAUAAUAAUUAGGCAAAAUUGGGUGUCUUAUACACGGAUAGUGAUUGCAGAGGGGGGAUGUGUGAUUAAUAGCAGCAGCAAGCAGGAGAUUGGCAGUGGCGAUUGGGUGGGUGAUUGGUGGCUGCGGCAGGUGGGCUGUUGGUGGCGGUGAGCGGGCAGACAAUUAGCUGCGGCGAGGUGCACGAUUGGCAGUGGUGGGCAGGUGGGUGAGCGAUUGGCGGAAGUGACCCAACCCCCCCAAAUGUAAACAACUUAAUUUCGGGUUUAAAAAAAUAGGGGUUGUCUUAUACAUGGAAAAAUACAAUAAUUAAUAUGGGUUAGUUCACUCUCCUGAAUAGUCUCUUUGUAUUUUAUGUGUUCAUAUUUUAAGUAACAAGUCACACAAAUAUUAUCUUAGGGAAGAUGCAAGAGUUAUUAUUUUCUGUAGCUCUUAAUUUGCUACUAUUCUUUCUGCAGUUUCACCUUGCUAAUUUGAACACUAAUGAACGCUGUAUAUCUGAAAUGACUUCUAAGCAAACCUUUUAUAUAUAUAUAUCUAGGAUGUUUGGAUCAGGAAGAGAACAUAAUUUCACACGGCCCAAUGAGAAAGGAGAGUAUGAAGUGGCCGAGGGAAUUGGCUCUACUGUGUUUCGUGCUAUUCUGGUGAGAUUACAUUACUUGCUGCUCUUUCCACAUUCAUAAGUUUAUGUGCAAGAGGUACAGAUUUUUUAAAUGGUUUUGUAGACUUGAAAAAGAACACCUGAACAUUCAUCCUGUUAUAUCCAGGGCCUGUGCGGGUUGUGAUUGAGGGUGACUAAGGAUUCCUGCAGGGCACUUCUGUUCCAUUGUGUGUGGCAUCUCUCUCUUUCAUUCUCACAUAUAUUGAAUGACAUUGUUUGAAAGAAUAAAUGUAAUAUGAAAAUCCUUUACAAUGCAGUUUUGUUUCCAGCUGUGUAAUCAAAAGGCUUCAACUGAAAUCGAGGGAUAUAAAAGGUGGUAUCUAUUUUUAGAUAUGUUAUUGUCUCCAAUGAUAAAGAAGUUCUACAUAAAAGCUUAUUAUUAUGGACCUUUUGUAUCACAGUAUGGCAGUUGAGAUAACUUAUUUCAGUACUGUGAGAACUGUUCUAGUGCCAGACAUUAAUUUCUGCAGUGUUUGACUCUAGACCAGUGAUUUUCAUCUUUCCUUGUUCACAGAACUCUUUCCAUGAAACUGCUGGGUAUUUCAGAGUGUUUUUGAGUGCACACUUGGUUUGCUUGAGGUGCUGCCCAUUCCUAUUGAGUGUCACGUGAACUCUGUAAGCUGAAUUAUAGAACACAGCCAGCACCACUGUGUUGAAACAUUGUGGGGGAAUAGCAGGCAAGCUGUCUUUCAAGAAACACUGUUCAAUAUUACUGAUAUUCUCAUUGAAGAAUCUCCAGUAAUCUUCCAAGGAACAUCAGGAUCCCCCCCACACAGAGUUGUUUGUGGAUGGCUAAGUGGGAGGGUGAAUCUGAUAGGAAAAGAUAGAAAGAGGUGUCAGUUUGCAUUUCUUAGUUCAGAAAGUAUUGAUUUGAUGUGUAGAGACCUUUCCUAGUCUAAUUAAUUCGAGAGGGUUCUGGAAGCUUCUCUGUGUGAAAGAAACAAGUACUGUAGAAGGUUCAUGAUGUUCGGGUUAUUCCUUCAGAGAAGCUGAGUACAGCUGGCUUAAACUGGUUCUGUUAUCUUUUUCUGUGAAGGUCAUGCUGACUAUAAUAGUAAGGCCAGAAGGAGCCUGGGUUUCACACUUUUCUAUCUCUCUUUUCUGGUGUGGUGUUCUGUAUAUAGUAUGCUUAGUGUUAAAGUUUAGUUUUAUUACAAGUUAUUGUAAGUUUCAGUUAGGUCUGCUGCAACUGGAUUUCUUAUGGACAGUGCCAAUCAUGAAUGUAUUGGAUUUGUGACCAUUAUGCUCAUUUGCCUUCAGUAGCAGGAAAGCUCUGCUGGAUGAAAUACAAUUGCCUCUGGUCUAUUUUUUGGGAAUCCUGCAACAUGUUUAGGCUUUUACUCUGAUAGCUAUAUGUUGGAAUCUGCUCUGGAUCAAUAUGAGUAGAAUUCAUGACAAGAGGAAGCUAAAAUCUUUGGCCAAUGUUGUAGGACAGGCAGGCAUCCCCUGAGAUGCACAAACCAUCCCCUGAGAUGCACAAACCAUAAUAAUGCAGGCCAUUUGGGUUGUACCCAGAAGCUAAUUGGCAUCCAGGACAGUCACUGCAGCUUCAGCCUUCUAUGUGCCUUUCAUGCCACACCUGGCAGAAAGUAUGCUGCAACUUUCUGCAUUAGCUCUAUUUUCUGCUCUGUUACCAUGUAAAGGCAUAAUAGUAAGCUAAUUUUGUCUUAAGAUGGCAAAACAGAAUUUUUGGAGAAGUGAAAAACUUUUCAGUAAGGAAUUAGAUGCUCCUUUCCAGUGUUUCAUGGUAGUAUAAUUUUCCUUUUUCUUUUUCUAAGGAUUACUACAAGACUGGGGUGAUCCGUUGUCCAGAUGGAAUAUCUAUUCCUGAACUUAGAGAAGCUUGUGACUAUCUCUGUAUUUCUUUUGAUUAUAGCACUAUCAAAUGUAGAGACCUCAGUAAGUACACAGUUGAAACUGGAUUUAUAUGUAUGUGUUUUCAAGAUAUCUUGUUCUAACUGCAAAAUAUUUUCCUAGAAUAAUAUUUAUGCAGCAAUACAGCCAUCUCCUUAAAAAGAACCCCUCAUUUCCAGAUGACCCUCCAUAUGUAUCAUGGCAUUAUUUUCUUCUAGAUAAUUCCUUAACAUCAUGGAAAUACAUAGGAGAGGCUCAAUGGGGAAAUAAAUCUUUUAACCAACAUAGCCUGUUAUAUGAAGCAUUCACAACAAAUUAUUUCCCUACCACAAAAACUAUAUUGUUCAGUUUCCCUAGUCAGGGGAACGACAGCAGAAGCUUCCCCAUUUUUUUGGUCUUGAAAAACUGUACUGACUAAAGUGUAUUUAGUGUCUAAAGUGUAUUUAGUGUACUGACUAAAGUGUCUUUCUUAAAUAAGAGCUCAAUAAUAUUGAUUUGGUGUUCUUGAUUUCAGGUGCUCUUAUGCAUGAAUUAUCAAAUGACGGCGCUCGGAAACAGUUUGAAUUUUACCUUGAAGAAAUGAUACUGCCACUGAUGGUAGCCAGUGCUCAAAGUGGGGAAAGAGAGUGCCACAUUGUGGUGCUCACUGACGAUGAUGUGGUCGAUUGGGAUGAAGAAUACCCUCCACAGAUGGGGGAAGAAUAUUCACAAAGUAAGUCACUGAGGUUUUUUGAAAGUAAAUUUGGCUCUGGGGUAUUUCUCCAAAAAUACAUGCACAUAUCCUCAGAUAAUUUUCAUUAAACAAUACAAACAUCACUAGAAAACAGCUGAUGGUGAUCUCUAAGGAAAAAAAAUUAACUAAAUACGUAGUGGCGUUUAUGAAUUAGGCACACAUUGCGAUACAGUUAAGGUUUUUGUUAAGUGUGGGGAAUUUAUUUAUCUAUACAGAACAUACUUAAUUGACUACAUAGGCCUAGUGUAUUAGAAAAGUUUUCAGCGGGUGUCUAAAAGUUGACACUGAAGGCGCCUAUGGGCAAGAGUAUUCCACAAUAAAGCUAAAAGGUAAAGGACUCCUGGACAGUUAAGUCCAGUCAAAGGCAACUAUGGGGUUGCAGUGCUCAUCUCGCUUUCAGGCCAAGGGAGCCGGUGUUUGUCUACAGACAGCUUUCCGGGUCAUGUGGCCAGCAUGACUAAACUGUUUCUGGCGCAAUGGAACACUGUGACAGAAACUAGAGUGCACGGAAAUUAUGUUUUCCUUUCCACCUCAGCAGUACCUAUUUUUCUUCUUGCACUGGCAUGCUUUCGAACUGCUAAGUUGGCAGAAACUGGAACAGAGCAGCGGGAGCUCACCCCAUCAUGGGGAUUUGAAUGCUCACCUUCUGAUUGGCAAGCCCAAUCAUUGAGAGCCAGUGUGGUGUAGUGGUUAAGAGCGAUAGACUUAUAAUCUGGGGAACUGGGUUCAUGUCUCCACUCCUCCACAUGCAGCUGCUGGGUGACCUUGGGCUAGUCAUACUUCUUUGAAGUCUCUCAGCCCCACUCACCUCACAGAGUGUUUGUUGUGGGGGAGGAAGGGAAAGGAGAAUGUUAGCUGCUUUGAGACUCCUUCGGGUAGUGAUAAAGCAGGAUAUCAAAUCCAAACUCUUCUUCUUCUUCAGUGGUUUAGAUGACACUACAAGCUCUGUGUCUUGUUAUGAAGUGAACCUUGUCAACUUGGGGAAUGACCAGUGCCAUUCCUGCAGAUCUUGGUGAUCGAGCUUGCAUAUAAGGGUUCAGGUGAUCCCUGAGGUGUCCAGGACCUAAGUUGUUCAGGGCUUUGUAAAUUAAUGCAAGGAUCUCAAACCUGGCUUGAUAGUUGGAGGAAGCAAGGAGCGAAACGACAGCAUUCAAGCUGUCGCAUUCAAGGAGGGAAAUGACAGCAUUCAAGUUCUGCAUAGAAAUUGUGCAAAGCCUAAUUUUGCUUAACCACGAUUACUGACCUAGUGUUAUUUCCAAGUACAGCCUUUGCAUAAAUCCCAUCAGCAAAGUGUGAACUACAGUGGUGCCUCGCAAGACGAAAAGAAUCCGUUCUGUGAGUCUCUUCGUCUAGCGGUUUUUUCGUCUUGCGAAGCAAGCCCAUUGACGGAUUAGCGGAUUAGCGCUUUUAGCGGCUUUUAGCGGCUUAUCAGCUUAUCGGAUAAGCAGAUAAGCGGCUUAGCGGCUUAGAAAAAGGGGGGAAAAGGGAAAAAAAACCGCAGGAACUCGCAAGACAUUUUCGUCUUGCAAAGCAAGCCCAUAGGAGAUUCGUUUUGCGAAGCACCUCCAAAACGGAAAACUCUUUCGUCUAGCGAGUUUUCCGUCUUGCGAGGCAUUCGUCUUGCGGGGCACCACUGUACAUCGCAGCAAAUUUUGGUUAGUCCAGUUAAAUUAGAAGUGAGGAAGGGAGCAUUCACAAAAUUUUGAAGUGGGGGCAGUGCUUAAAACCUAUUCCAAUUUCUAUUAAUUAUCUCACAUUGGAUUAAAAUCUUUUGCUAUGCCAGUUAGCAAAAAGCACUCACUGGCCCAUCACGUUGUACAUGCUUUUAAGAAAAACAAAUCUGGGAAAAGAGUACAUGCACUUUUUAAAUAAUAGAAAAGCUUUCAAGAAGGAGGCCCCAGGCACAUCAACUGCUUUUUAAACCUUUGCAUGAUGAGUCUGAAGGCCUGAAGGGACUUUUAAAGGAUUUGAGUGAAUGUUCUUACAGCUGCUGCUCACAAGAGGGUUUCUGUCUUAUCAGGGUACCUCCUCACAAAGAGUUUCUAAUUGUAUUCAGUAGAACACACUUAAAAACCUCUUUAGAGCUUCAUGUUAAUUGCCCAAAGGUGUAAAGAGUAGCCCAAGUACCUGGAGACACUGGGAACAGGGCUUGCCUGCAGUUUUACAAUGCUUGACCUCUGUUAUUUGUGUGGCAAAGUGGGUACAAAGGAUUGUCUUCCAAUUAAAGUUGCAAGCAUUGUAACACUGGAGGAGAAUGCUGCAUCCGUUGCUUUAUCGACCGUUGCUACUGAACCAGGGGUAAACACUGUAUAACAUUUUAUUCAUCGGUGCAUUGUGUUCCCUCCCCCCAGUUAUUUAUAGUACAAAGUUGUAUCGAUUCUUCAAGUACAUUGAAAACAGAGAUGUGGCCAAGUCAGUCCUGAAGGAAAGAGGCCUUAAGAAGAUUCGAUUAGGUAUAGAAGGUAAGAGGUCUUGGAAUUACUUCCUAAGCUAUAUCAUCAACAGAUCAGUGUGUGUGCACUUCUGCAUUUACAGAAAUGGAAUAAGACAGGGUAGCGCUGGAAGGCAGAUAACUAAAUUGAGAGAGAGCGACAGAGGGGGCGGGGGAGAGAAGCCUUGAACAAGAAUGUAGUUGAUCAUUCUGAAUGUAUGGACCAUUUCAUGAUUCAUGUGUACAUGAGUAAAUCUUCCUGCGUAAGUACCAGUGCAAAGCCUACCUUGAUAAAUAAGCGUAGCUUGAAAUGUUAGUGUUUUACCUCUUGUGGUCUGUUAGCUUGUUAUAUAUUAUAUGACCCUACACACAAAGGACAAAAAUAUAUUGCUUGAAGGCAGAGUGCCAAUAACAGGGGUCUGUAACCCGCGGCUCCGGAGCCGCAUGUGGCUCUUUUACACCUUUGCUGCAGCUCCGGGCUGGAUACUAGCGAGGGGAGGAGGUGCAUUGUGCGCCCCGACACUCCCCACUGUGGCGGGCGCUGUACUGGCUGUGACGUCGCAUGGGGGUGGUGCGUGCGUUAGUCACGCACCGUCCCGACGUCACCUUCCCGCCCGCUGUCAGAUCGGAGGGCAGCGGCACGCAUGCUUUAAAUGUCGCAAUGGUUUUGCGGCUCCCAGGUUUUUUUUCUUCGGAAACGGGUCCAAGUGGCUCUUUUUGUCUUAAAGGUUACAGACCCCUGGCCAAUAAUAUCUUCAGUGGAGGGUGGAGGAGGUCCUUACAUGGAGCAGUUCCUAAAACUAAAACACCUGCCUGGUGUCUUAAAGUGUUAUAUUCUUUUAGAUGCCCUGGAAAUGAAGUAUUUCUGGUUGAAAUGUGUGCAAAUUUUGUUUGUCUUUUAAUAUUUCAGGUUACCCCACAUACAAGGAAAAGGUUAAGAAGCGGCCUGGAGGACGGCCAGAAGUCAUCUAUAAUUACGUCCAAAGACCUUUCAUCAGGAUGUCAUGGGAGAAGGAAGAAGGGAAAAGUCGGCACGUUGAUUUCCAGUGUGUAAAAAGUAAAUCUAUUACCAACCUAGCAGCAGCUGCAGCAGACAUUCCCCAAGACCAGCUGGUGGUGAUGCACCCCACUCCCCAAGUGGAUGAGUUGGAUAUUCUUCCUGUCCCCCCUCAACCCAGCAACAGUGAUGUGGAUCCUGAGGGACAGAACUUGCCACUCUGAUCUGAACUCUUGGUUAAACAAAAGCAUGCUAUUAUAAAAAUGAAGAUGCUGUAAUGAGCUCAUACUGCACUACAAUUCCAGCUUCUCUCCAUUGUGUAAUGAACAUAAAAUGUUUUAGGAUAUUGCAGUAUGGACUUACAAAAGACCAAAGUGGGAUCUGAUUAUGGUUUGUGGGAGUACAUGUGUAACAACAUCCUGAGGUUCAGUUACAUACCUGCAUAUGUUUACCAGUAGGUUUUGUGGUAUUGGUUAUUUGUAUGGUGGACUGUCCUCAUCCUAAGGCUCUGUCACAGCAGGAUUUGGAAGUUACAGUUUAUUCAGUAUUUUGGUACACGAGUGGGCAAAAUGCAGACGUAAAAUUGAUAGUGGCACUUUAUUAAUGGUGGACAAAAAGAAUUCUCAAAGCCAUUUUUAUAGUCAUGAUGCACAAUGUUGAGUCUAACAGUGUGCUUCUUUCAGAUACUUUCUAUUCAGCUAAAUGUAAAUAGUUUGUUCUGAAUGGAGGUGAUGAGCCUACUUUGUUCUCUUAUGGACGAGCACAAAAUUAAUUCUUGCCACUGGGGCUUUUGGAUUGUGAGGUCGAGAUCCAAAAGCCUUCUUUUUCAGAUUUAUUCAGUGAAGGGUUUUUUCAUGUUUGAUGUGAGCCAUGUUCAAGAGUCAGGAACAUACGAUACGGGCUUUAUCUUAAAAUUCUGCCUUACCUUAAAUCUGUUCACAGAAAUAUUUAUUUACUGAGUUUUUUCAUAAGUGUCAUGGAAUAGGAAAAUGCAAAUUGUUCACUCUUCAUUUAUUAACUGAUUGUAAACGAGUUUUUCAUUCAAAUAAAAAUUUCCAUUAUUUUAAUAUUAGCUGUGACAGUAAUUUAUUACGUAUUUUUGUAAAACUACGUAACAGAAUUUAGUGCCAAAAUCAAUGCCCUUUCCCCCUCUCUUUUUAAAAAUAAAAUGCCCUGACAAUCCACAUCUG